AUGCGGGGCGGCCGAUCCCAACUGGACAGUCGCUGCACUCGUGCAACGGCCUCGCUAUCGGGGUUACUGGACGCCUUUCAGUAUGGAAUACAACUUGGCUCGACGUCUGGCGAAGAAACACGUGAUGACGGAUGUUUUGACACCGUCGUCGAGGGUCUCCUCCCCGAGUACCUGCAGACGCGACACGACGUCUGGGCCCAGCGCUGUGAUGUCAAUGAGUCUGGUGAGGUGGUUCGGCCGUUAUCUCGCUACGAGACCACUGCAAUAUUGGGCUACGUGAACAAGACAAACAAGGGAACUAGAACUCCAUCAGUCACCGAAUCCAUCAUCUUGCGGAAAUUGGAACUUCAAAGACAGCGCGGCAGAUCGGACGUUCAGAUCCCUCUCCGCGCUUCAAAACCAUCUUCUUUGACUUCCUUGCAGAUCCUGCAGCUAUCUUCGGCGCCACCGGCAGUUAUCGAUCAUCUUAGAACCAUUCAGUCUACUCGAUAUGAGAAUUCUUUUGCGUCACGCUUGUAUGGGUCGAGGCCCCGGAAGGUUCCUGGUCUUAUCGCUGUCGAUUGGGAAACUCACACACCUUGGAUGAACCUUUUAGAGGACAUCCACGAACACUAUUCUCUUGUACAUGCAGAGCGGGAUCAGCCAGGGCGAAUGCGGAUCCCCAUCACUUAUACCUCUCUUCAACCACAUCACCUAUCACAGGUGCAUGAUCUCCUGACCAGGGUAUUUUGGGAUGGGAUUAACAUUAGCGACUCCUUGAAAUAUUCUCCGGAGCGUUGUACUGUCAUAGCCACCUACGGUCAUCUGGUGGUUGGCGUAGCACUUCUGAGCUCUCCCCAAGAAACCUAUAUCACGUACCUUGCUGUCCGGGUGGGCUGGGAUAACUCGCAAAUAGCCGCGUACGCAUCCCCUGAGUCAUUGACCGACUGGGUCGAUACAACCAUGCUCUAUCACUUGAUCUCGCUCAAUCCGCAUCGAGAUAUCACCUUGCAUGUUUCGGCCAAUAAUCCCGCCAUGCUAUUAUACAAUCGCUUCGGGUUCAAAGCAGAAGAGUUCAUUGUAGGAUUUUAUGAAGACUACCUCAGUUCGCAGUCGCGUGCUUCGAUGAAUGCCUUCAGGUUACGCCUCCGGAGAUGA